AUGGACGAAGGUAGCAAUAUAGGAACCUAUGAUGCCAAUCAGUUGUUGUUUAUGGCGAAGGAGGUACUAGAGAAGCCAAAUGUACUUGAAAAAUCGCAAAAGCCUGCAGCCAAGAAAGCAAAGGCAGAAUUAAACAAAUAUGAAAAUGAUAUUGAAAUAUGUACCAAUACCAUAUUAGAAUCAUCUUUUGACAUGAAAGAUAUAAUUAUUCUUGUAAAUACAAAUGUCAAAACUAAAUAUCCUGUGAAAAGGUACUCUACGAUUUUUAAAAUAAAUUUAAGCGGCAGAAAACAACCUGAUUUAUAUAUAAUAUCAGGACAUACAGCUCAAGCUCUAGAAGUCCUAUAUUCUUCAAUACUCCUAAUUUCACACAAGAAGUUUGUUAUAUUUGUAGAUGAAAUUAAUGAAGAUUUUCUAGAAGUUCUAGAUAAAUACUUCAUUUAUAACGUCUUAAUAAUCACAAUAAACAAUUAUUCAGUAUUCAGUUUAAGGUGUUCAUCAUCAGGAAAGUUAUUCAGCGUUCUACUAGGUUCAUGUUCCAAAUUAAGGUUCGAAAAACCAUUAUUCUAUGGCUGCAUCAAACUAUAUAAUAAUCUCAAAGUGUUAUACGGAAUUGCGCCUCCUUUAGUAAUCAGCAGUUCUAAGGGAAUCCUCAUCGAGUUGGUAAAUAUGGUGGCAGCAAAUUUAAAGUUAAAACUAGAAUAUAAAAGCGUGAAACCUGCUGCGACUGCUUUAAAAGUUGCAGAAGAAUUUAAAACUCGAAAUUAUGACAUUUUGAUCAUCACCACUGUCUACAAAAGCAAAAUGUUUGAUUUAAUGAGAACAGAUAAUAGUUUCCAACUCAUAAAUUCUAGAGCUGAAAUUUUAACGUCUUCAUUACCAAUUGCUCUUCCAGAUCCAAUGAUCACGGAAAUAUUUAAAGUUUCUACGGAUCCAAUUGAAUUAGGUAUAUCAAAGGCAGAUCUCGUGUAUUGUUCACAGGAUUACUGGGAAUGUAUUAACAAAACUGCUUUUGAUAAAAAUUUAAUUACAUCCAACUUUGUUAAGCCAUUGCAGUAUUACGGUUCAAUCUAUUACCUUGAUAAAGAUGGUAAAUCUAUGCUGAAUAUUUUGGAAGUAUUCAGUUUAAGGUGUUCAUCGUUUGGAAGAUUAUACAGCGUUCUACUAGGUUCAUGUUCCAAAUUAAUCUUCGAAAAACGAUUAUUCUAUGGCUGCAUCAAACUAUAUAAUAAUCUCAAAGUGUUAUACGGAAUUGCGCCUCCUUUUGUAAUCAGCAGUUCUAAGGGAAUCCUCAUCGAGUUGGUAAAUAUGGUGGCAGCAAAUUUAAAGUUAAAGCUAGAAUAUAAAAGCGUGAAACGUGCUACGACUGCUUUAAAAGUUGCAAAAGAAUUUAAAACUCGAAAUUAUGACAUUUUGAUCAUCACCACCGUCUACAAAAGCAAAAUGUUCGAUUUAAUGAGAACUGAUAAUAGUUUCCAACUCAUAAAUUCUAGAACUGAAGUUUUAACGUCUUCAUUACCAAUUGCUUUUCCAGAUCCAAUGAUCACGGAAAUGUUUAAAGUUUCUACGGAUCCAAUUGAAUUAGUAAACAAAUAUGAAACUGAUAUUGAAAUAUGUACCAAUACCAUAUUAGAAUCAUCUUUUAACAAGAAAGAUAUAAUUAUUCUUGUAAAUACAAAUGUCAAAACUAAAUAUCCUGUGAAAAGGUACUCUACGAUUUUUAAAAUAAAUUUAAGCGGCAGAAAACAACCUGAUUUAUAUAUAAUAUCAGGACAUACAGCUCAAGCUCUAGAAGUCCUAUAUUCUUCAAUACUCCUAAUUUCACAUAAGGAGUUCGUUAUAUUUGUAGAUGAAAUUAAUGAAGAUUUUCUAGAAGUUCUAGAUAAAUACUUCAUUUAUAACGCAUUAAUUGUCACAAUAAACAAUUAUUCAGUUUUUAGUUUAAGGUGUUCAUUGUUCGGAAAAUUAUACAGCGUUCUACUAGGUUCAUGUUCCAAAUUAGUCUUCGAAAAACGAUUAUUUCACGGCUGUAUUAAACGUCAUAAUAAUCUUAAAGUGUUAUACGCAAUUGCGCCUCCAUACGUCGUUAGCAGUUCUAAUGGGAUCAUCAUCGAGUUGGUGAAUAUGGUGGCAGCAAAUUUGAAGUUAAAGCUAGAAUAUAAACGUGUGAAGCCUUCUACGACUGUUUUAAAUGUUGCAAAAGAAUUUAAAACGCGAAAUUAUGACAUGUACGUGUCAAAAAUAAGCGACAGGAUGGUUGAGUAUCUUGAAACUCAAAAGACAGUUGGAUUAAUACAAGAUAAAUUGGUCUUGAUUGCUCCAAAUUUGGUGAAUCAAAACAGAUGGGUGAUUUUUACUAAAGAAUAUAGCGGCGUUGUUUGGUGGUAUUUAUGUGGAUUAUUUGUGCUUUUAUAUGCUUUGUUUUAUUUUAUAUCGUAUUUAUUUAAAGAUCAAAAUGUUGGAUCUAUAAUUUACAUACUUUUGAGUGUGCUAUUUGAGGGCAGUGCAAUGAUACGUACAAAAUCACUAUCAUUUAAGGUUUUAUUUUUAAAUUAUCUCAUCUUCUCUUUGAUCAUAACCACCGUUUACAAAAGCAAAAUGUUUGAUUUAAUGAGAACUGAUAAUAAUUUUCAACUAAUAAAUUCUAGAGCUGAUGUUUUAACUUCUUCAUUAGCGCUAGCUUUACCAGAUCCAAUACUGAUGGAAAUGUUUAAAGUUUCUGCUGAUCCAAUUGAACUAGGUCUAUCAAGAAAAGAUAUCAAGUUGUGUUCAGAGAAUUACUGGGAAUGUGUUAACAAAACUGCUUUUGAUAAAAAUGUAAUUUCGUUCUCGUUUGUUAAACAGUUGCAGUAUUACGUUCCAAUGCAUUAUCUUGAUAAAAGUGGAAAAUCGAUGUUGAAUGUAUUAGAAGAAGAUUAUCACGAUUUAUUUUAUUUCGUUAUAGUUUUUCGACUAGGACAUCCUAUAUUUACAGUUUUUAACAAGAAAUUAAUGUACUUAUACGAGGCCGGAUUUGUGAAAUACAUUUCUGAUAAAAUUGAAAGAAAAUAUAAGAGGGCAUUGUACAUUGCAAAGAAUGCUAAUUCUUUAAAUAUUUCAGUUAAAAAAUCUGAAAAUGAUAUUGAAAUAUGUACCAAUAACAUAUUAGAAUCAUCUUUUAACAUAAAAGAUAUAAUUAUUCUUGUAAAUACAAAUGUCAAAACUAAAUAUCCUGUGAAAAGGUACUCUACAAUUUUCAAAAUAAAUUUAAGAGGAAGAAAACAACCUGAUUUAUAUAUAAUAUCAGGGCACACAGCUCAAGCUCUAAAAGUCCUAUAUUCUUCAAUACUGCUAAUUUCACAUAAGAAGUUUGUUAUAUUUGUAGAUGAAAUUAAUGAAGAUUUUCUAGAAGUUCUAGAUAAAUACUUCAUUUAUAACGUAUUAAUUGUCACAAUAAACAGUUAUUCAGUUUUCAGUUUAAGGUGUUCAUCAUCCGGCAAAUUAUACAGCGUUCUACUAGGUUCAUGUUCCAAAUUAAUCUUUGAGAAACGAUUAUUUCAUGGCUGUAUUAAACCUCAUAAUAAUCUCAAAGUGUUAUACGGAAUUGCGCCUCCAUACGUCAUUAGCAGUUCUAAGGGGAUAAUCAUCGAGUUGGUAAAUAUGGUUGCAGCAAAUUUGAGGUUAAAGCUAGAAUAUAAAAGUGUGAAACCUUCUACGACUGUUUUAGAUGUUGCAAAAGAAUUCAAAACGCGAAAUUAUGAUAUGUACGUGUCAAAAAUAAGCGAUAGAAUGGUUGAGUAUCUUGAAACUCAAAAGACAGUUGGAUUAAUUCAAGAUAAAUUGGUUUUUGUUACUCCAAAUCUGGUGGAGCAAAACAGAUGGGUAAUUUUUACUAAAGAAUAUAGCAACGUUGUUUGGUGGUAUUUAUUUGGAUUAUUUGUGCUCUUAUAUGCGUUGUUUUAUUUUAUAUCUUACUUAUUUAAAGAUAAAAAUAAAGAAUCGAUAAUUUACAUACUUCUGAGUGUGCUGUUUGAAGGCAGUGCAAUGAUACGUACAAAAUUACUAUCAUUCAAGGUUUUAUUUUUAAAUUAUCUUAUCUUUACUUUGAUCAUAUCCACUGUAUACAAAAGCAAAAUGUUCGAUUUAAUGAGAACUGAUAAUAAUUUUCAACUUAUAAAUUCUAGAGCUGAUGUUUUAACUUCUUCAUUAACGAUUGCUUUACCAGAUCCGCUACUUAUGGAAAUGUAUAAAGUUUCUACUGAUCCAAUUGAAUUAGGUCUAUCAAAAAAAGAUUUCGAAUUUUGUUCACAGAAUUACUGGGAAUGUAUUAACAAAACUGCUUUUGAGAAAAAUGUAAUUACUUCCUGCUUUAUUAAACAGUUGCAGUAUUACGUUCCAAUACAUUAUCUUGAUAAAGAUGGAAAAUCGAUGUUGAAUGUAUUAGAAGAAGAUUAUCACGAUUUAUUUUAUUUUGUUAUAGUUUUUCGACUAGGACAUCCUCUAUUUACAGUUUUCAACAAGAAAUUAAUGUACUUAUACGAGGCAGGCUUUGUAAAAUAUAUUUCUGAUAAUCUUGAAAGAAAAUAUAAGAGAGCAUUGUACCUUGCAAAGGUAAAACGGUCAUAUAUACCUUUGACUUUGAAAGAUUUUCAAACUACUUUCAUUAUGUACUUUUGUUGUGUUAUACUUUGUUUCGUUGUAUUGUGUUUAGAAUUUUUGAUGUGA